AUGAAACUCAUCAUUUUUGCAGCAAUCUCUGUGGCAUUCAUGUCAUUUGAUCAAGUUCUUGGUUCAAUGCUUCAUGGAGUUAAAAGUGAAGAAGCAAUGAUGAUAGCUGAUGGGUCCGUUGUCAAACCCAUUGACCACGGCGGACCUACGACAGAACCGGAUGGAUGCCAAGUAUGUAUAGCCUACAACUGGGGAUGUAGCGCUUGUCAACGCAAAAAAAAUGGAAAAUGA